AUGUCUUCUUCCCAGAAGAGAACCUUGUCCUGGUCGUCGGAUCUUCCGACGCGUCCUUCGAAACGGAUGGCACAGGAGAUGUCCGAAGAUGAUGCUAUCCUUUCUUCGGCUGAAUAUGAAUCAGAUAUCAUAGAUUUUGAGCGUGAUGAACCUGUCUAUCCUUCUAGCGAGGAUGAGUACAACGAGAACGGUCUUAAUCUUAUGCUGCCUGAAGUAGUCAGGUCCCAGUUGCCAUCUGGUCCUCGAUCUCCUCGGACCCAGCUCGCUUUGCAUCUACCUCCCCUCCAUGACCUCAACGACAUCUAUAAGUCGAUCACAGAAAAGGCAGUGGAGCUGGGAUUUGACCGUGUAUUGUACCAUUUGGGCUCAAGGCGCCUUCGCAUUGCGACUGUCUGCUCCGGCACUGAGUCCCCUAUUUUGGCUUUGGAAAUGGUUCAGAAGCAUCUGCAGGAGCAGUUCAAUAUGACUUUCGAAUUCCGUCACAUCUUCAGUGCUGAGAUUGACCCCCUAAGACAGGCAUACAUCCAGCGAAACUUUCGUCCACCUCGCCUCUUCCGUGAUGUGAGGGAACUCAAUCGUCGUGUGGCCCAAACUGCGUAUGGGUCUUUGGAAAAGGUUCCCAAGAAUCCUGAUAUCUUGGUUGCCGGUUUUUCGUGCGUGGACUUCUCGAAUCUGAAUAACAAACGAAAAACACUUGAUGAUAAAGGUGAGUCGGGAGGGACUUUUUGGGCCAUCAUCCGGUACGCAAAAGCCUAUAGGCCUCCCUUGAUCAUACUGGAAAAUGUCAAGAGUGCCCCAUGGAAGAAGAUCCAGACGUACUGGCAGGACAUCGACUACCAUGCCACUCACCUCGACGUCGACACAAAGGCAUACUAUCUGCCACAAACACGGGAGCGAGGAUACAUGCUCUGUGUCGAUAAGAAAGCCAUGGACAAAGACGAAUCUUCACCAUACCAAAUAGGUCGUUGGUCACGCACCAUGACUGAAUUCAGGCGCCCCGCUAGCUCUCCAGCCGGCAUGUUUCUUAUUGACGCAGAUGACAAGAGGCUCGAACAAAUCGAGACUGAUAUGGCGACACGCGCAAAGCUGGCUCGUAAACCGGUAAAUUGGGAAAAAUAUCAGGCCCGCCAUCUGUCUUACCGUCAGGCCAACGCUCUCGGUGACAAACGCCCAAGCGCAUUUGGGAGACUUUGGACAUGA